AUGUGAAUAGACUAAUCGGUAGCAUGGAUAUCAAAAUAUCCAUAAUUUAAGUGAAUUGAUAGUAUUAAAAAAGUGGGGGGAUAGCAUUAAAAAGGUCGUAGCAAUCGACAACAUUCCCAAGAAUCUCAACAAUAAAAACGAGUGUGGGGUGUGGGUGCACAUCUGUUUCUUGGAAGGGAGAAGGUGAUGCCAGGCGUGCAGCUGCUAUUGGGUGCUGGAAAAAGAGGAUUUGAUUUCGAUGCCCCCACCUCAGCUCGCAUCGUUAUCGCGUAUGGUUGGCUGACCCAACAUUUCCGCGACGACCGGAUGACGUGGCAAAUCCAGCCCAUGUCUAACACUCCUGUAAACCCCAACAGAAGACUCUCAGCUGCCAUGGAGAGAACCGGCCAGUGGGUUUUCUCUCAAGAAAUUCCGACUGAUGUUGUGGUUGAAGUUGGUGAAGCCAAAUUCUCUCUACACAAGUUCAUGCUGGUGGCCAAGAGCAACUCUAUUAGAAAACUAAUUAUGGAAUCCAAAGGACCGGAUCUAACAAGAAUCAAUCUUUCCGAUAUUCCUGGAGGUCCCGAGAUCUUCGAGAAGGCCGCCAAAUUCUGUUACGGUAUCAAUUUUGAGAUCACCGUCCACAACGUCGCCGCUCUCCGCUGCACUGCAGAGUAUCUCCAGAUGACCGAUAAGUACUGCGAUAACAACCUUGCCGGCCGUACUGAAGAUUUCCUCUCCCAGGUUGCCUUGUCCAGCCUUUCCGGCGCAGUAGUCGCCCUUAAAUCCUGUGAAAUUCUCCUUCCCAUCGCAGAGGAUCUUAAAAUUGUACAGAGAUGCAUAGAUGUAGCGAGUACUAAGGCCUGCAGCGAGGCCAAUUUUCCCUGCCGUUCCCCACCCAACUGGUGGACGGAGGAGCUCUCCAUCUUGGACAUUGAGUUCUUCUCUAGAAUCAUUGCUGCCAUGAAACAACGCGGUGCAAAAUCCUUAACUCUGGCCAGCGCUCUUAUUACUUACGCAGAGAGAUGGCUUAAGGAUCUAGUACGCGAUCACACCGGCAACGGUACCUCAUGUUCCGCCCGAGAUGAUUCUGAUCUUCGAGUCCAACAACGUCAACUUCUUGAGUCCUUAGUUACUCUAUUACCCGCCGAGAAGUAUGCUUUUACGAUCCACUUCCUCUGCUGUCUCCUCCGAUCAGCAAAUUUCCUCAAAGUUUCAGGAUCUUGCAAGAACGAGCUGGAGAAACGGAUCUCUGUGAUACUAGAGCACGUAACUGUUGAAGAUCUUCUGGUCUUGUCCUUCUCUUACGAUGGCGAGAAGCUCCUGGAUCUGGAGAGCGUGAGGCGGAUCAUUUCCGGAUUCGUGGAGAAAGAGAAGACCAUGGCUGUUUUCAACGGAGGUGAUUACAGGGAGGUUUGCUCUGGUGCGAUGCAGAGGGUUGCGAAGCGGUUGGACGCCUAUCUAGGCGAGAUCGCAACUUGCACCGACCUCAGCAUCUCCAAAUUCAACGGAAUCGCCAAUCUCGUCCCUAAAGGAGCCAGAAAAGUGGAAGAUGAUCUUUAUCGCGCCAUUGACAUCUAUUUGAAGGCACAUCCGAAUCUUGAUGAGAUAGAGCGAGAGAAGGUAUGCAGCUCCAUGGAUCCGCUAAAGCUAUCGUACGAAGCCAGAGUUCAUGCUUCACAGAACAAGAGGCUACCAGUGAACAUCGUGCUACAUGCCCUGUACUACGACCAGCUGAAGCUAAGGAGCGGUGACACGGCGCCAGAUGCUAUAACGACGAGGAAUCAGUUACAGGCAGACGUGUCGCUGGUAAAGGAGAACGAGGCGUUGCGAUCGGAGCUGAUGAAGAUGAAGAUGUACAUCUCGGACAUACAGAAGAAUCAAGGUGCAGCUGGGACCACUUCAAAAGCUAGAAAGACAACAUUCUUCUCCUCUGUGUCUAAGAAACUGGGGAAGCUAAACCCCUUCCGCCAAGGCUCAAAGGACACAUCCCAUAUUGAGGAUGCCGCUGGUGGGGAUGUGGAGGUUCCCAAGCCUAGGAGGAGGAGGUUCUCCAUAUCCUAGAACUACUCUUACGUUCUGUUCAUUGCUGCUUUAAUUUUUUUUCUGCUUACAAAAAUAGCUAGUGUGUUCAUUAGAAAUUAAUUAGGAGCUACGUAGCUAGUGGAUCUUUCAUGUAUCACUCCUAUGGAUGGCUCUGCUUUUAUGUAUUUGUGUGGGAUUUUUAAUCAUUCCUAAGAUUGUCAAAUCCUUUUUGGUUUCGGCCGAUGGGAAUGUAUAUUUGUACCCUGCAAGGGGAAUAAAUUAACAGUAAUCCUAAGAUUAUUGGUGAUGUAUGUUACACUUUUAGUUAUUUCUUCAAUACCAAUAAAACAGUACUCAUGUU